CCCCCCAGCCUCAGGCACGAUGGUACAGUCUGCGCAGGGACCGGGCGCGCGGGCUGGGCUCCGCGCGGCGCCAGCUGCCGCACCGCGAUUACGGGCUGCCCGCCUGGAACCCGAGCCGAUCGCUGGCGAUUGCUUUAGCCAAGAACUUUCCCGACCAUGUAGAUGCCAGCCCCAGGGAACAGCAUGGGCUCCAAUGAAUGGAGACUCCUGGGUCAGCAACCCUGAGCCUCUCUGGCCCCUGGACCUCACCCCACUCCUGGGAACACUCCUCAGAGCUCUCCAGUGCUGUUGCCAGCCCACCUCAGCCAUCACCACCUCCUGGGAUUCGGAGUUGGCCGCCUGGAGCUACUACCCUCUGGUGAGGGUAUACUGAGGAUAGCCACUCGCAACCAUCACCCAGAGGUCCCUUUUCCAGUGCUGACCCUCAGGCCCAGCCUGAGUAGAGACUUCAGCAAACAUGGGUGAUAUGACCAACAGCGACUUUUACUCCAAAAACCAAAGAAAUGAGUCGAGCCAUGGAGGCGACUUUGGGUGCACCAUGGAGGAGCUGCGCUCCCUCAUGGAGCUGCGGGGAACCGAGGCCGUGGUCAAGAUCAAGGAGACAUAUGGGGAUACUGAAGCCAUCUGCCGGCGCCUCAAAACCUCACCUGUUGAAGGUUUGCCAGGCACCGCUCCUGACCUGGAAAAGAGGAAACAGAUUUUUGGGCAAAACUUCAUACCUCCAAAGAAGCCAAAAACUUUCCUGCAGCUGGUGUGGGAAGCACUGCAGGACGUGACACUUAUCAUCCUGGAAAUCGCGGCCAUCAUCUCCCUGGGACUGUCCUUCUACCACCCACCUGGAGAGAGCAAUGAAGGAUGUGCCACCGCCCAGGGUGGGGCAGAGGAUGAAGGUGAGGCAGAAGCCGGCUGGAUUGAAGGGGCUGCCAUCCUGCUGUCAGUCAUCUGUGUGGUCCUGGUCACAGCCUUCAAUGACUGGAGUAAGGAGAAACAGUUCCGGGGCCUGCAGAGCCGCAUCGAGCAGGAGCAGAAGUUCACCGUGGUCCGGGCCGGACAGGUGGUCCAGAUCCCUGUAGCUGAGAUCGUGGUUGGGGACAUCGCUCAGAUCAAAUAUGGUGACCUCCUUCCUGCUGAUGGCCUCUUCAUCCAGGGCAAUGACCUCAAGAUCGACGAGAGCUCACUCACAGGGGAGUCUGACCAGGUGCGCAAGUCUGUGGAUAAGGACCCCAUGCUGCUGUCAGGGACCCAUGUGAUGGAAGGCUCAGGACGGAUGGUAGUGACUGCUGUGGGUGUGAAUUCUCAGACUGGCAUCAUAUUUACCCUGCUGGGGGCUGGAGGUGAAGAGGAAGAGAAGAAAGACAAAAAAGGUGUGAAGAAGGGGGAUGGCCUUCAGCUACCAGCGGCCGACGGCACAGCACCUGCAAACACUGCAGGUAGCGCAAAUGCAAGCCUAGUCAAUGGUAAAAUGCAGGAUGGCAGUGCCGACAGCAGCCAGAGCAAAGCCAAGCAGCAGGAUGGGGCAGCUGCUAUGGAGAUGCAGCCCCUGAAGAGCGCAGAGGGCGGUGAUGCGGAUGACAAGAAGAAAGCCAACAUGCACAAGAAAGAGAAAUCGGUGCUUCAGGGCAAGCUCACCAAGCUGGCUGUGCAGAUCGGCAAGGCGGGCCUGGUGAUGUCAGCCAUCACAGUAAUCAUCCUGGUGCUCUACUUCACCGUGGACACCUUCGUGGUCAACAAGAAGCCGUGGCUGACAGAGUGCACACCCGUCUACGUACAGUACUUCGUCAAGUUCUUCAUCAUUGGGGUAACGGUGCUGGUGGUCGCUGUGCCCGAGGGCCUCCCUCUGGCUGUCACCAUCUCACUGGCAUAUUCCGUGAAGAAAAUGAUGAAGGACAACAACCUGGUACGCCAUCUGGACGCCUGUGAGACCAUGGGCAAUGCCACAGCCAUCUGCUCAGACAAGACAGGCACGCUGACUACCAACCGCAUGACCGUGGUACAGGCCUACGUAGGCGAUGUCCACUACAAGGAGAUCCCUGAUCCCAGCUCCAUCAAUGCCAAAACCAUGGAGCUGCUGGUCAACGCCAUCGCCAUCAACAGCGCCUAUACCACCAAGAUCCUGCCCCCAGAAAAGGAGGGCGCCCUGCCCCGGCAGGUGGGCAACAAGACUGAGUGUGGCCUGCUGGGCUUCGUGCUAGACUUGAAGCAGGACUAUGAGCCGGUGCGCAGCCAGAUGCCAGAGGAGAAGCUCUAUAAGGUGUACACCUUCAACUCCGUGCGCAAGUCCAUGAGCACCGUCAUCAAGAUGCCUGACGAGAGCUUCCGCAUGUACAGCAAGGGUGCUUCAGAGAUCGUGCUCAAAAAGUGCUGCAAGAUACUUAGUGGGGCGGGUGAGCCCCGUGUCUUCCGGCCCCGUGACAGAGAUGAGAUGGUGAAGAAGGUGAUCGAGCCCAUGGCCUGUGACGGACUCCGUACCAUCUGUGUGGCCUACCGUGACUUCCCCAGCAGCCCUGAGCCCGACUGGGACAAUGAGAAUGACAUUCUCAAUGAACUCACAUGCAUCUGUGUGGUGGGCAUUGAAGACCCAGUGCGACCUGAGGUCCCGGAAGCCAUCCGCAAGUGCCAGCGGGCGGGUAUCACAGUCCGAAUGGUCACUGGUGAUAAUAUCAACACAGCCCGGGCCAUCGCCAUCAAGUGUGGCAUUAUCCACCCUGGGGAGGACUUCCUGUGCCUGGAAGGCAAAGAAUUCAACCGGAGGAUCCGCAAUGAGAAAGGGGAGAUUGAGCAGGAGCGGAUUGACAAGAUCUGGCCAAAGCUGAGGGUGCUGGCUCGCUCCUCGCCCACGGAUAAGCACACACUGGUUAAAGGCAUCAUUGACAGCACACACACUGAGCAGCGGCAGGUGGUGGCUGUGACAGGGGACGGGACCAACGAUGGACCUGCUCUCAAGAAGGCAGAUGUGGGCUUCGCAAUGGGCAUCGCGGGCACAGAUGUGGCCAAGGAGGCCUCAGACAUCAUCCUGACAGAUGACAACUUCAGCAGUAUCGUCAAAGCAGUGAUGUGGGGACGUAAUGUCUAUGACAGCAUAUCCAAAUUCCUGCAGUUCCAGCUGACUGUCAACGUGGUGGCUGUGAUCGUGGCCUUCACCGGUGCCUGCAUUACACAGGACUCCCCUCUCAAGGCCGUGCAGAUGCUUUGGGUGAAUCUCAUCAUGGACACGUUUGCCUCCCUGGCCCUGGCCACAGAGCCACCCACCGAGACUCUGCUGCUGAGGAAACCUUACGGCCGCAACAAGCCCCUUAUCUCACGGACCAUGAUGAAGAACAUCCUGGGCCAUGCUGUUUACCAGCUCACUCUCAUCUUCACCCUGCUGUUUGUGGGUGAGAAGAUGUUCCAGAUUGAUAGCGGAAGGAACGCACCACUGCACUCACCACCCUCAGAGCAUUAUACCAUCAUCUUCAACACCUUCGUCAUGAUGCAGCUUUUCAACGAGAUCAAUGCCCGCAAGAUCCACGGCGAGCGCAACGUCUUUGAUGGAAUCUUCCGGAACCCUAUCUUCUGCACCAUCGUUCUGGGCACGUUUGCCAUCCAGAUAGUGAUCGUGCAGUUUGGCGGGAAGCCCUUCAGCUGCUCCCCACUCCAGCUGGACCAGUGGAUGUGGUGCAUCUUCAUCGGCCUGGGAGAGCUCGUCUGGGGCCAGGUCAUUGCCACCAUCCCUACCAGCAGGCUCAAGUUCCUGAAGGAAGCAGGGAGGCUCACACAGAAGGAGGAGAUUCCUGAGGAGGAGUUAAAUGAAGAUGUGGAGGAAAUAGACCACGCAGAGCGGGAGCUUCGCCGUGGCCAGAUCCUGUGGUUCCGGGGCCUGAAUCGGAUCCAGACACAGAUCCGCGUCGUGAAGGCGUUCCGUAGCUCUCUCUAUGAAGGGUUAGAAAAACCCGAAUCUCGAACCUCCAUCCAUAACUUCAUGGCUCAUCCUGAAUUCCGGAUCGAAGAUUCCCAGCCUCACAUCCCCCUCAUCGAUGACACCGACCUGGAAGAAGAUGCCGCGCUCAAGCAGAACUCGAGCCCGCCGUCCUCGCUCAACAAGAACAAUAGCGCCAUCGACAGCGGGAUCAACCUGACGACCGACACGAGCAAAUCAGCUACCUCUUCAAGUCCAGGGAGCCCCAUCCACAGCCUGGAGACGUCGCUUUAGCUGAGGUCACUGUCGCCUGGCCACCUUCAUGGACCUGCUGCCACCUGCCUCCGGGCGCACACCCUUCCAGGCACCGACUCCCCGAUGCAGCAAGGAGCACUGGGAGGAACCCACACAGCAGAAAGAGAACACGUUUCUACCCACAGACCCUUUCUCUGGCUGCCAUGCUGUUUGAACUUUUUUUCACUCCUAGGUCAUGAGCGGGAUUGCCCGGGGUUCAUCUGGAGCAGAGAGUGGCGUGGGUUUUGUUUUGUUUUGUUUUUGUU